CUGCCACCCGCCACCCAUCAACGACCGCGGUUCUCACAUUAUUCGAUCUGGCUUCUCCACCGGAUGAUACGGAACCUAAUCGAUAGGCGUUUUCGAGGGCAUUAGCCCGGCCCAGUGCGAUGGCUUCAAGGUACUCGUCUCGGUAUGACGGGGGGGACCGUCGCUCUCGAUCUCCGCGUGACCGCUCUUUAGACCGCUACGAGCGGGCAUCCCAAUACAGUGACGGUGACAGGAGACGUUCAUCGGCUGAAUCUCGCCCCAACCCUUCCGCCUUUCCGAACAACAGAGACAACUUCCGCGACAGCCUCGCGCGAGAACCACCCCGUGGGCCCAAGGCGCUCAUAGAUCCACCCAGCGGACCUAGGGGAGGCGGUCACGUAGGCGAUUUCGGCAGCCGAGGUGGACGAGGAAGAGGUCGUGGACGCGGUUGGACUCGCGACAGCAGCAGAGAUCGGACGCGCGACCGGGAUUUCGAUUUUCGAGAUAGAACAUGGGACCGCGAUGACUAUAGAGAUCGGAGGGACAUCGCCUACAGAGACGAUCGGAGCCGAGAGCGGGAACGAGACCGUGAACGUGAGCGCGAUCGUGACUGGCGCGAUCCCAGGGAUGCCCGUGAUCCCCGUGACCCACGCGAUCCGCGGGAUCCACGGGAUCCACGGGACGUCCGAGACACUAGAGAUCCAAGAGACGCAAGAGACUCGAGGGAUCUGAGAGAUCCAAGGGACACACGAGAUACACGAGAUCCCAGAGAUGCAAGAGACAGCUUCAGGGCAAGACGACCAUCUCCCGGCCGAGGCAGAUCACCACCCGCCUUGCGAGAUUUUCGCGACAGGGAACCUGGUCUGGUGGUAGACCCAGACAGGUCCAGGCGCGGCUCAAGGGACGGCGGGCCGCCGUCUGCAGGAUCAACCACCUCCGACCCACCUUUCGGCUUCUCCUCGUUUCCACGGGGCGGCUUCCGUGGACGAGACCGCGGCCGAGGCGGUUGGGACCGAGGCAGAGGCAGAGGAGGAGGCUACUACGAUGACCGUGACCGAGACCGGUUCGCCCCGCGUAGUCGUUCUCAAGAGACGCGCUGGGCCCGUGACCGAGAUGACCGCGAUCGCAUCGAUAGGAUCGACCGGGUUGACCGUGGGGACCGAUGGGCUGACCCCGAAGCCAGAAGGGAUCCCCGAGAUGAUCGAGACACCCGUGACCGCGAGCCUCCCCGGCUGAAGUUCGAGCGAACUAUAUCAUCAUCACAAGCGCCCUCUCCCGUGAAUAAGGAUGUUUCGCCUCCGCCCAUCGCACCGUCAGCGCCUGCUUUCGGCUCUGUUCCCAACCGCAAUGCUGGCCUUAACGAUGCAUCGCCUGCUGCCGGAGGGACCGGGAAACCGCCGCCGACCGGUCCAAGAGCCUUCAACACCGAUCGCCCUGUGUCCGCCGGGCAUUCGGGUGCAAAUGACGCCCACCCGGUCUCUUCCGCCUCCUCCGUCGGAUCUACAAAACCUCCCGGUCCAGACGGGAGCCCUCCCAUUCCCCUGGGGCCCCGCUCGCAGCAGCAAAAGCAGCAGCGGCCCUCCAGUAAGCAAUGGAUUAAUCCGGCCCUUGCUGGGAAGAGGAUCCCCGAAUCUCCCAAGUUGAUGAGAUCGCAAAGCUUCGCUCAGCAACAGCGACCCUUCCCGUUCCGACCGGAUAGUAACUCUCAUCCCGACCCCCUCGAGUAUGAAGGUCGCCCGCGCAGUAGUGAUGCCAAGGCCGACUCUCACGCGACCUCACCGACGACUCAGCUGCGGGUCGUCUCCGAGCCAGAACCGGGCGAGAUUAUCAUCAAAUCAGAGAGGGACCCCAGGUCGGCGCGAACCUCGUUGGAAAGGGAUGUGAGGCCACUCGAUGGAUUCAGGACCACUGACGCAGGCACGCCAAGACGGGAUUCGAACUCGCAGCGUCAGGACGCUCGCGAUGCUCUGGGCUUGACUGACGGAACCGCUCGGAAGCCGUCCGUAGGGGAUGUGCCUUCCAAGCCACCCCGGCAGAGCAGACUUCACAUUCCCGUUGUACGCUUCGCCCUACCACCGCGCGAGGUACCGGUAUCGUCAUCCGAAGAGCCUUCCGAGUCGGAGGACGAUGAGGAUUUUGGGGAAUACUUUGCGAGCGAGAUCGCCAAGGAGGAAGCCGAACUGGCCAAAAUGGAGGCCGAGGGGAUUGCCGACGACGGCCUCGACCGAGCUGCAGCACGUUAUGCGCACGCCUUCCACGACGCCAUGGUCAAGGUAGUGUCGGAACCUGAGGGUUUGGUAGAGAUGCUAGGUCCGAUUCCCCAAGUGGUUCCGGGCCCGAAAUCGGAGAAGAAGGAUACUCGGAUGGAACCAUCUGCUGAGCCAGCUGCUGGGGCGCCGUCUGACGGCACUGCUGCCGCGGCUCCUGUUGCUGCUCCUGUUGUUGCUGUUCCUCCUGCUGCGGCUGCUCCUCCUGCUGCGGCUGCUCCUCCUGCUGCGGCUGCUCCUCCUGCUGCGGCUGCUCCUCCUGCUGCGGCUGCUCCUCCUGCUGCUGCUCCUCCUGCGGCUGUUGCCGCUGCUGGUGUCGGCGCUGAUGUCAGUACUGGCGCUGGUACUGAUGCCGACGCUAGAAAGGAUGGAGACUCUGCUGAGCUUUCCGGUCUGGUAGAGUCGGGACCCAAAACCGAGGAGAUGGACGUCGACAAAGUUCCGCCUACGUUGCCUGCGCCAGUAGAGGAGGCCGACCGCCGUGACAAAGCCGACGUACAGAUGCCCGAUGCUGCAGACCUUGAAGUUGGCACCACGUCACAACCCGUGCCAACCACAGAAGCCGAGGAUGAAGCGCCGACAAGGACAGACGCACGGUCGACGGUCCAAACAGGUCUCCCUCCUAAUGCACCUAUCGAGACGAUCGAGCGGGAGAAGGGUGCCCCGAGCACGCCAUCCCAAAUGGAAGAUGACGGAGACGAUACCUCAACGGACUCAGAAGUAGACAGCGACUCGAUGCCUAUCGAGUCGAUGGGUGGGUGGUCAACGCCGCCUCUCGAUAGCCUUCCCGACUUUGCUUGCCCGCCAUGGAACAAGGACAAGGACUUUCUUCAGUCGCUCGAGUCGGACCCCAUUGUCGACCAUCUCAUUAGCAAGGAGCUUGAGAGGGUCUCCCUACAAAAGACGGUGGAGCAAGGGGCAGCCCGCCAGAUGUACUCGGCCAACUACAUGCAGUACAUGAGAUUCACACUGUCGGAUGAUCCGGUGGCGUCCAAGAGCCGGGACAAGUUCGACAUUAAGCCGCCACCAGCAGACAACGUUGUCACGGCUCCUGCGCCCGAACCUAAGCCGGAGGGAAGAGGAGGACGACGAUUCGCCAGUGAGCGUGAUUUUGAACGGAUUCUCCAGGAGUCCAAAAAGGAAGACGAAGAACGCAGGGAGCGCGAACUGCGUGCCCAGAAGGAUCGGUAUCGCAGCGAGAAGGAGGCCAUCCCACCUGACAUGUAUUGGGCACCCGAGGAUCGCGAGAAGCAUGCCUUUAUCGACACGAGCGGCUUCACUCCGGUUGAACGGAUUGUGUCUGCUUGGCAGUUGUUACCCCCGAGCAACAACUUCACCCCGCAAGAAGCCGAACAGUUCGAGAAGGGAUACCUAGAGAACGUCAAGCAAUGGGGGGUCAUCGCUGAGUCGAUGGAGAAGCGAAACUUUAGGACAUGCAUUCAGUAUUACUACCUGAUGAAGAAAGAGCUCAACCUGAAGGAGAAGCUCAAGAAACAACCCAAGAAAAAGAAGAAGGCAGGCCGAGCGAAGACUCGAUCCAGUGCCUUGGUGUCGGAGCUGGGCAACCGGGAAAACGAAACGGAGGAGAGCCAGGAGGUCGGGGAGAACGGAGAAAGACGGCGUCCCAGACGGGCCGCUGCUCCGACCUGGAACUUCGAGCAGCCUCCGACGGACUCAGACAACGGGACGUCGACCGGUACGCCAGGUCGUCGGUCCGCGAAGGCGGAGAGCGGACAAGAGAAGCCUGACGGUAGGAAAGGUCGGAAACCUCGUAAGGAAAGGGAACCCAAAGCUGCAAAAGCAAAUCAAAACUUGAAUUCGAAUUCAGCAGCAGCUUCUCCCUCGGGCGCUGGCGCAGGCGCAGGCACAGGUCCUGGCUCUACCUUUGGCGCGGGCUCAGGCACGGGUACGGGCAAGGGACGGUCGCGAUCGGGCUCACGCGUUCAGGGUGCUGAAGUCCAGACAUCUCAGCCGCCUGUUCCCACGGUCCCCGUUGACAACCGCGUUCCGACCCAAUUCGAGGGGUCUCCGGCAGGAAUGCGGCCACCUUUCGUGGGCAUCCAUCCCCAUCCGCAACACCAGCAGCAGCAGCCGCAGCCUCCUCCGCAACAACCCAACCUGCCUCCUCAGGACCGCCCAGUUUCCCUUCAGCCAUCUACCAUGUCCGACGUGAUGGCGCCUCCGUCUCUUAGACCGGAACCUCCUCCCCCUCCGCCUCAGCCUACUGUUACUACAUUCGACCUGGGACAACCGCAGCAGCCGCAAGCCCCGGCCCAACCCCCAUCACAGCCUCACCCUCAACCUCAACCUCAACCUCAACCUCAGCCCCAAGCUCAACCCCAGCCUCAGCCACAGCCAGAACGCCGAACGCACGUGCAGCCCUCGAGCUACUGGAGCGUGUCCGAGAACGAGGUCUUCCCUGGUCUUUUGAAGUCAUUCGGUUCUGACUGGCAGGCCAUGGCAGCCCACAUGGGUUCCAAGACGGCGGUCAUGGUCAAGAACUAUUAUGCCAGGCAACGAGAUGCGGGCAAGAUUGAAUGGGAGGAUUUCGUCAGGGAAGCCGACAACAAGAAGGCCCGGGGCGAGAAAUUGCCGGAUCCCCCGCCUCCUCCCACGCAGGCGGGGAGGAAGAAGCACGAUUCGGCGUCAGGAGGCCAUGGCCGGCCUUUGUCGUCCGCCAGCAGGGAACCUCUGCACAGUGAUGCCAGCCAAAGCAAGCCCGACGGUGCCGGUCCCCAACAACUCCUGAACCAGCCCUACGGCCGCUUCUCCGUGCCCAUCGCUCAGGCACCUCCUCCGGGUCAAGCGCCGCCUCUAGCACAAGCGACACAGCAACCACCGCCGCUGCUCCAGAUCCAACAGCACACUAUGCCUCAGACCGGUCCGGUGCACGUCAUGUCCCCAAGCAGCCGGCCUUUGCGACCUCCGCACCAGCCACCCUUCUCCUUCCCGGAACGAGAACGAGAACGUGAACGCGAACGCGACCCUGCGCAGGUCCAGGUCCAGGUCGAGGUCCAACAGCAACCACCACAGCCGAGACCUCUUGCGGCUGCCCAGCCUGUUCAACCUACGCCGUCGACGCAGCCCGAACCGCCAAGGGAAAGACGGACGGCGGAAGCGCAGCAACCCCAGCAACCCCAGGAACUCCAGGAACUCCAGGAACACCACAGGCAGCCAGAGCGCACGCGUCUCCCCUCGGACCACGAAGCGGCACCGACUUUGGGGCAUCCUCCUCACCCUCGUACUUACAAGCAUUUCCCCCUUCAGCAACCAGUCCGUGCAGCGCCUCCAAGGUCCGAGCCGCUUGGUGCAAGUCGGACAAUUCACGAGGCGGUCCCUCGGCCUACCACCCAUCCUGGCCCGCAGCCCUUCGGCCAGAGCAUACAGCGACAUGGAGUCCGUGGCUUGCUCGGCGAUCCGAUGCAGCCGCCUCCGGCAUCUUCCGGUCCGCCUGCUCAGCGACCGAUCAGUGCGGCGCAACGACAAAUGGCAGCCCACAUGCCUGAGCCGUACCCUCCCGCGCAGCCGCCCCAAGCACCACCGGUUCCUGCGGCGGCGUCUCCCGCACCGGCCGCGCCUCUCCGUCCCCAGCAUCAGGAACGUAAGACGUCGAGUAUCAUGCAGUUACUGAACGAACCGGCCGAAGAACUCAGAAGAACCAGCGAUCCUGCCAAGACGCCGGCCCCGCAGGCUGCGAAAAACCAACCACUUCCCGGAUCCAUGCUUCGCACCCAGCCUAGCCAGCCGCCAACAGGCCUGGAGCUUCGGCCCGAGCCUCCCUCCCGGAGCUAUCUGUACAAGGAGAGCAGCCAAGCUGCGCAGUCGGUUAUGCCGCCGCUGAAACCCAGCUACAGCGCAUCCCCCCAGUCCCAGCACCUGAACGCGCCUAGGUCGAGUAUCGUGUCGCCGUCUCAUGAAGCGGCCGCGGCAGCGGAACGGGAACACUAUAGGCAUCAGUAUCAACAGCAACAGCAACAGCAACAGCAAUACCAGCAGCAGCACCAGCAGCACCAGCAUCAGCAUCAGCAGCAACACCAGCACCAACACCAACACCAACACCAGCAGCCGCCUACGUCGGGCUCGCCAAGCACUCAUCACUAUGCCACAUCCUCGUCGCAACCCCCUCGGGAAGCCUAUCCCGGCCAGGGAGGGUAUCCGCCCUAUGGCAGCGGUGGACCGGCUUCCCACGCAGCAUCACCGUCGCAGUCAUAUGCUUCUCAGCAGCACGUCGGCUCCAGGCCGAGAGAACCGACUGGUCCGCCGACAGCACCUAACCGAGAGACAGGCUGGCCCAGCGGGCCGCAAGGCGGCCACGGUAUUAUCCAGUCACAGCCUCCUCAGCAACAGGCGGGAUGGCCUGCUGGUUCGCACAAUACUGUUUCCAAGCCGGGAGGGCCACCUCCUCCGUCCUCGCAGCAGGCAGGAUGGCCAUCGCCUCAUGGCGGGACGCCGAAACAACCAGCAACUGGUUCCGUGGGCCAACAACCACCGCCUUCGUGGGCGGUUGGCCCUCCCCCUCCCCCUCCGCCUCCCCCUCACCCAUCGCAACAGCAGCCGCCGCCACAACAACAACAACAUGCUCACCUGUCUAUGCGAGACGAGAGGCCAACGCUGUAUGGGCCACCGGUUGGGCAGCUUCAACACCAGCCUCCCAUUCAGCAUCAGCAUCAGCAUCAGCAACAGCAUCAACACCAGCAUCAGCACUCGCUAUCCGGGCGGUUCCCCCCGCCGCCACAGUCCACUCCACGGGCGCCGGAGCCAAUGGCGGCACCUCAGACGCAGCCACCUUACCCACCACGGUACGCCACGCCGGGGCCACGGGAGCUUCGGGAGCGGGAGCAGGUACCGGCACCACCGUCUCGCAGCUACACGCCCGUAUCGGCGUACGACACGCGGGGUCCUCCUCCUGGAGCGUACCCAUCUGAUCCUAGAGAUAUGCAGUUGCGCCCGGGUGACAUGGUGCGCGACCCCCGAGAUCCGCGAGACCCGAGGGAAGUUCAGCAGCAACAGCAGCAGCAGCAACAACAGCAGCAACAACAGCAGCAACAACAACAACAACAGCAGCAGCAGCAGCAGCAGCAGUCCAUGCUGGGACGGCAGCUACGACCUCAUGAGAGCUAUGAGAGACCUCCAGACCGGUUCCGAUAGUUUUGGGAUUGGCAAUGGUGAGAGUGUCUCACUCGUGGA